AUGACAAGUGCAAUCGAUCUCGCCGAGCUAUUUAUGACAGUUUUGGAGAAAUCAAAAACACCAGCUUCACCGGAAUUGUUGGAUCGUUUCCAGGAGUUAUUCGAUCGUUUACCGGCAUUACUGGAAAAAGAUUUGGAUACGGGAUCCGGGCAGGAUCGGAGAAAGCAGUAUAUAAGUUUGGCCCUGAAGUGGACAAUGGCUGUGGCGGAGAAGCGAUCUCAUCAACGACGAGGCCAUCCGGCUCUCCAUCGGCGCAUAGCAAAAUCGCUGUGGCAUGAAGGGAAUUAUGCUGUGGCCAGAAAUCAUUUUAUGCAUUCGGACGAUAUGGAGAGUUUUGCGACAUUCCUCGUUCAAUAUCAGCAGAAAUUUGGUUAUAAUCACGAGAAAGAUUUAUUUAUAGCGCAAGCUUUUUUGCAGGUUGAUUUUCUUCGUUCUUUGUGA